AUGGUCAAGUUCCCCAGCCUCUCACAGACUGCACGUGUAUGCAACGCCUGGGGCGAGUCGGACACGGCGACCGGGUUCCACCACACCCGGUCCCCGGGUGGCAGGUGGUUCAGAGAAUGGGAUCAGGCGCACAUCGCUGAGGUCCAAUCGUGCGAUCAGGCUGCCCUUGGUGCCUCCGGUCGGACUCACGGCAAGCACCCUGCUCCGGUCGAGCCUCUCGAAGGAGAGCCACAUCCCGCCCCUGCCGCUCAGCCAAUGCACCAGAACAGCGAGAGUUUGAGUGAGGUCGACCCGACCAAGCCACGAGCUCGUAAAGGGCUCCUCAACGGCGCCCGCCCGCCUGCCCCGGGCCAGUUGAUACUCAAGCCGGGCCAGAAGUCCGUUGCGGAGGGGACGGCCAUGGACGCCAACAGCUUCAGGCUGUACUCCGUCGUCGCUACUGCUGCUUUGUACGUCGCGGAGGCACUCGUUAACGUCUUAGGCUGGGCUGAAGAGAUAGGACACGAGCUGCUGGAGUUGAGCACGGACUUGCUCCGCUUCGCGCCGAUCCCGGGGCUCGAAGAGGCGGCGCGCACGCUGCUCGGAAUCUGGGACGCCCUUCAGAUGGUUGACAUAAACCGCCUCGCUUGCCUCUGUCUCACCGAACGAUGCGCGACGGUCCUCAUCUCGAUCCGAGAGGAAAUCUCGGACGCUGGAGAUGACGUCAGCAUCGAACUGCGCCCGCCAUUGAACCGCCUGGUCGAGUCGUACAAAGAGGUUCACCGCUUCCUCUUCAAGCAGGCCCGUCGACCUUUCAUCAAGCGCUAUCUCCAGCGGGAUGAGAUCGCGCGCAGUCUGUCGGGGUGUCACAACAGCAUCACGGACGCGCUCACGAUGUUCAACACUUCAAUCCAGAUCCGGAUUCUCAAGCAGACCGCGAUAUGGAAGACGCUGCAACACCCCAACCCCCUACCUGAAGCAUGGCAGUACCUCAAGGGCCUUUCGUCCCUCGACGGCGUGGAUCUACUGAAGAUGAUCCACGAGAUUGCGAAGGGCGUCUUGCACGGCGAUCUGAAGGCCGCGAACGUCCUCGUGAAUGACCGCCAUCACUGUGUCAUCCCGGACUUUGGCCAGAGUGAAAUGAAGACAGAGGCGUACGGGGUCAGCGGGUUGCCCCUCCCUCAUGGGACUCUGCGAUGGCAGGCGCCGGAGCUCAUGGCAGGCCUGAGUGGACUUACGCAGGCGGUGGAUUUGUAUGCGUUCGCGAUCACCUGUGUCGAACUCCUUACCAAGGGCGCGCUACCUUGGUCGAUGGCGGACGACGACGCUCUCCUCCUGCUCCGCGUGUGGUCGUCCCAGCUAUCUGAGAUCCUCGGUCUCUGCUGGCAUCGCGACUGGGGUCUCCGCCCGUCGUUCGAGAAGGUGGACAAACAAGUACAGCAGCUGCGUUCUGUCUACGGAUUGGACUUGAAGGAGUCGCCCGCGCCACGCCCGACAGAGUUGGAGCACCUCAAGACGCGCAAAUCGCCUAACAUGCACCCGAUCCCUCUUCCGCUUCUUCCGCCUGACACUACUGCAUCCUUUGUCGAGGUUGGGUCCGCACCGUCAACGGACGUCUCGUUCAUGACCGCCACCGAGAUGUCUUCCGAGAUGUUGCGUGACGGCCACGGGGAGCGCGUCGAUCAGGAUCCGAGCCGGAGCAGCAGCCGCGCGUCCUCGUCGCUGCACGACAGCCAGUUUGAACGGAUAGAGUACCCGCGACACCUUUCGCCGCCGCCGCCCGACGAGCUAGCGCAGAACGUGCGCGAUGAACGGCGUUACCGGAUGCUGCUGCAGCACGAGUUCCAUCCGUCUCUCACGCUGCUACUAUGGUCACCUGGGCAAAUAGCCAUUGGAGCAGCUGGAUACCGUUGCGAAGCUACCGGCGGAGAGUUCAUCACUUUGUUCAACGCGUUCGAGCCGAUGAAGACCUCGGGUGGGCUCGCCCGCGAUAUACCGUCGCUGUACGGGUAUGGGCACGUCAAUCUUGGCAGUCAACGCCAGGACAAGCGGGACGUCGCGCAGCGCGGGAUGGACCUCAUCCAGUCGUGGUUGACAAGCACGCGCACGCGCGCUGGGGAAGCCAAGUAUUCUCGUCGUUACGCGACUCCGCUGCGCGCUGCGCGCUGGGCACAAGGCUGCGCAUCUAAAUGGCUUAAGGCCAACGUCGACGACAUCCUCAAGCUGUACGGCGCGGAGCAUCACAUCUCACAAGAGGACUUGCACUUUGUUAUUGGCACUCUCGAGGCGCAGGAUUACGCGCUCUUUGUGAGCCAUGACCACCCCGACAGCCAAGUCGAGUUCAAUGUCUUCUCGGCGAUGCGCACCGGCCAGCCGUGGGGCGAAUUUAGGUCCUCGUCUGACCUCACGGCCUCCUUCCUGGGCGGCGACCCGCACUACGACGACGAGCCCCAGGUCACACACCAGUACACGCCCAAGAUAUAG